AUGAACCAGUACGUUUGCGUAGCUGAGGAUGAAAUGGAAGAACUCAUUGAGGUACCGUUAGAAAUGAACGGCAACCUUCUCUUGAGCACGUUGUCUGCCCAGUUUCCAGGAGCCUGCGGAUUGAAAUAUCGAAAUCCUGGAACGGGAGCCAUGCGAGGUGUUCGACUUGUUGAUGGUGAUUUGUAUCCACCAGAUGGCGUCUGGUCUUCAUCUCGUUACAUUGUUGUGUAUCCUAAAGAAAAUGCUGAUUAUAAAAGAAAGAGUGAUGAAAGCAGUGAAAAACCUCAAGCCAAAACGAAAAAAGUUGAUAGACUGAAGUGUUCUGACCUUAUUGUACUUGGUCUGCCCUGGAAAAGUACGGAAGAGGAUUUAACCAAUUACUUCACGAAAUAUGGAGAGUUGUUGAUGGUUCAAGUUAAAAAAGAUCCGAAGUCUGGCCAAUCAAAAGGUUUCGGGUUCAUCAGGUUUGCAGAUUAUGAAUCUCAAAGGCAGUGUUUGAGCCAAAGACAUUUGAUAGAUGGACGAUGGUGCGAUGUUAAAAUUCCUUCCUCUAAGAUGGAUGAUUCUGAUUCUCCGAUAAGCAGAAAACUGUUUGUCGGUCGUUGCACGGAAGAUAUGUCAACUGAUGACAUUCGGGAAUUUUUCUCUUCGUAUGGAGAAGUUGUGGAUGUUUUCAUACCGAAACCAUUCAGAGCAUUUGCUUUUGUUACCUUCUCAGAUCCUGAUGUUGCCCAGAAUCUUUGUGGGGAAGACUUCAUUAUCAAGGGCAACAGUGUUCGUUGUAGUAGUGCUGCACCAAAAGGAUAUGGGUAUGACAAAAAAGGAUCUUGGGUUUCAAAAUUAGGUGGUGGUGAUCACAGGAAUUCUGGUUGGAGCUAUUCUGGAUCUACUGACAAAUCAAUGCAGGGGGCGAACUUGGUGCCACAUGCAGCAGCUGAUCUAGCAGCAAUGCAGUUUGGUCCAGCAUUCAAUCAAGCUGUCAUUGCUGCUACACAAGCUGCACUGGCACAAAGCGGCUGGAUGUCUAUGGGUGGUGCAUCUAAUGGCCAAGGAGGAUAUCAUCAGACUCGUGAAUCUAAUGGAAUGUCAUAUGCUGCCAGCAAGAACACCAACAGUUACACUACCGGCUCCGGUGGGUACGCUGCCAACAGUUACUCCAUGUAA